AUGCGAGAUGUGAACACAUCAGCUGCUGUUUCAGCCGCUAAACUUCUCCUGAAGAGCGUGGAAGCUGAGUUCCCCAAACAGAAGAAGAACUUAGCCAUUGUAGACUUCAAGAAGACAAAAGUAGCACUCAAGAGACGCAGUAGAAGCCAUGACGAAGAUAUAGAGGAUAAGUUAUCAAAUUUUGUAAGAUCUGGUCGAGGUUACUGCGAUAAGUGUGACUCUAUUGGUUGGCACGACAACCUGAAAUAUUCGAAGAAACAAUGUGGGUUGAUGAAAUUUGGCAACAAGCCACUCGACCCUAUGACGACUCAACGGGUUGUUAACUAUUUACUGAGGAUAUAUAGUUCGUCGGAUGACAGUGAUUUAGAUGAUGAAGCCAUUCCUGGAGGACCUGGACUAUGGGCUUAUCCUACACUACACUAA